CGUCGCGGCAAAAAUGCACCGCGCCGAGGCCCUGUACGCGCCACCGCGCAAGCCCCGGAAGCGCAAGGUACCGACGCCUCUGCAGCCGCUGGUGCCCAAGAAGGUGGCGCUGCGCUGGCACGCCGAGGCAACGGCUGCCUUUAGCGACGCAGACCUCUUUCUGCGCUGGCAAGAGACGACGCACGACGAGCGUUUGGAGCAGCUUCAGAGUACGAUCGAGCUCAUUUACGGCAGGAGCGCUGCCAAGUACACGGCGCUGGCGCCGCUCGCACCGGAAGAUCGCGUUGUCAUGUGUUCAAAGAGCCGCCACGUCCCUGAGCGACACGUGCAUACCGCGCUCCAGCGGCUUGCAAAGGCUGAGCCAUUUCGCGUCGAGGCGACGACAACGACCCUCGUGACACGCUUGCGACCUGCUCUGCUCUCGAUCGAGAUGCGCGCACGACUAGAAGCGCACUUGGUCCAGCGUGCGCGGGGGUCGAUUUGGCAGGACGAAGUGCGGUCGCUCUUGGCGCGGCCGCUGGAUGCCUCCGUCUUUGUCCACCGAGCCGAACAAAUGCAACACCCGACGACGUCGCUGAGCUUAGCGACAGCAGUGACGCUGCCCAUCCCAGUACACGUGAGCACGGGGGCCCCCGAGCUCUUGUUUCCAUAUUCGACCGAUGCGCACGCGGCGUCGUCCAAGGUGGCCCGCAUGUAUCGCUGCGUCUGCUUUCGUCGGUCGCUGCGGACCCAUCUCGAUCGGCUCUUUUCGAGUCUCUUGCUGCUGCAGCUGUUUUGUCGGUUCCGACUUCGCCGCCAUCGUCAAGCCCGGGUCCGGGUGGCGACCACGAAUCGAUCGGCGCGCGUGAUCCAGUCGCGCGCAUCGGCGCGGCUCGCGAGUAAGAACAAGGCGGCUACUGGAAUUCAGUGCUGCUGGCGCCGCUACUGCCUCCGCCAGCGCAGACACCACACGCAGCGCCGCCAUCGCGCCGCGACCGCGAUCCAAAAGCUCAUCCAACGCUACGCUACGUACAAGGUGCAGAAGGCCAAGUGCUUGCUGCGCAUUUACACUGCAUGUCGACGCUGGUGCUACCGCCACCGCGCGAUUCGGCGCGAAGCCAGUCGCCUCGCGAGCGAGAUUGCCGUCAUGGAGGCCGCGCAACGAGUGGCGCGGACCGAGACACUAGCUUUGCUCCAGACGCCAGCCGGCUACGCAGAAAUUAAGCGCGAGCGCGACGCAAUGAAGCGAGAGAAGAAGCUCAAGCCGCGUCACAAGGUCGACCUGGAGACGCAAGCGAUGGAAGCCGCUUUCGCCGCGUUCGACACGGACGGCUCGGGUACGAUUGAUCUGGACGAGCUGCGGCUCUUGACGUCCGAGCUUGGUGUACCGAUGCCCGAGAAGGACUUGCGCCAAGGCUUUGCAGACAUGGAUACGGAUGGCAGCGGCGGCAUUGAAUUUUCCGAGUUUGUCGCGUGGUGGAAAGCCGACGCGGUGCGUAGCCAGAGCAAGACGCACAUGGCGCUGCUCAAGAUGAAGCUGCGGGGCCAGGCCCUUGUCGGGCACCUCACGGGCGCAACGACCAAGGCCAUGGCAUCGAAGCGCGUGCUUCUGCGGCUCAUGGACAAGGCCAAAUUUGACGCACGAACCGCUUAUCGGUCGGGGAACCCGCCUGUGAGCUACUGCCGCGUGUGCUUUCUCUCGUUUCCGACCGAGCGGGCGUGGCUCGUGCACGUCAAGCACCAUUUCUGCCCCGGUCGCGACAUCCUUCGGCUGGACGAUCUUCGAAAGCACGCACUGCAGCUCAGUGCGAGGUCGCAAUAAGCGGGCGUCGAUAUUAUCCGGGCCCUGCGUCGUUCUCUCUCGAAGAUCUUUGGCCCAACCAAGAAAGGAACCCGGUGCGAUUUUCAAAGUCGGUUUUUGCGGCCGUGGACUAUAAAGCAUCUUUAGCAUAAGUAUAGUACAGUAUAAAGGCACCUGGCGUGCGUAGCUGCUACCUUUCACUCGAUGCAAGCUGUGCAACAUGACAAAUACGAUAACUUAAUUAACAGUUGACACAAUCAAC